AUGUCCGGGGUCACGCCGACCGACAAGUGCAAGGAGGAGUUCGCGAAGCUCAAGCACAAGCGCGCGUACAAGUUCAUCACGUUCAAGAUCGACCAAGACGCGGGCACCGUGGACGUGUUGGACCUGCACGCGAAAACGUUCCAGAUGGUCCUCGACAAGCUCCCCGCGGACGAACCGCGGUACCUCGUCAUGGACUGGGACGUCGAGAACGACGACGGGUGCCAGAUGUCGAAGAUUUUUUUCGUCAGCUGGGUGCCGGACACGUGCAAGGCGAAGACGAAGAUGUUGUACGCGUCCAGCAAGCAGGCGCUGAGGAACGCGCUGGAGGGCGUGCACCUCGAUCAUCAGGCGACGGAUUACGACGAGAUCACGCCCGCGGAGUUCAACGAUCGCUCGCUCGGGAAGUGA